AUGCCCUCAUCUGACCAUUGUUUCUCCAGGGCGUCUGGAAUUGGAUUGCUGGGCAAGAGGUUGCUCACCUCCUGCACCGUCCGCAGUCCCUCCCUACAGGUAUCCCAGGCUCUUCGACAGCCUCUGCGGGCACAGCCGCGCACAUUCACGACCUCCUCUGUUCUCUGCGCCCCUCCUCGCUCUGGUCUGCGAUCAGCGGUUGCCGAACACUCUUCCAAGCCAACCUCUGCCUCUUCCACACAAAAACCGCCGCCUCCGCCCCCACCCGGCGCUGCGCCUGCUUCCGAGAACAAGAAGCCCAGCAGCCCCUUCACGUACGAUGCCACCUCCGACACAUUUGAUAUCUCCAAGAUCAUCGCCAUGGAGACAGAUGACUUCAUGAAGAAGCAUUACCCGAACGGCCAACAAGAGCCGCCAUUGCGUACGCGUCCCGUCACUGGCCGUACCAUACAUGUCACUAGCAACAUGGACAUGAACAAGGCCUUGAAACAGCUUGAGUUCCAGUGCAGAAAGAACAAGACAAAGACUUUGGCUCGGCUGCAAAAGUUUCAUGAACGUCCGGGAAAGAAGCGCAAGAGGCUGUACAGCGAGAGGUGGAGGGUUCUGUUCAAGGAAUCUUUCAAGGCGACGGUGCUUAGGGUGCAAGAACUGAAGAACCAGGGCUGGUAA